GGGGACGCGCUGGCGGAGUUCGACGGCUCCGUGGGACAGUUGCUGCAGGCCCUGCAGGAGAACGGCCUGGAGAACAACACCCUGCUGUUCUUCACCUCUGACAACGGCCCCUCCACCAUGCGGAUGGCACGAGGAGGCAGCUCCGGCCACCUGAAGUGUGGCAAGGGCACGACGUACGAAGGUGGCAUGAGGGAACCAGCGGUGGCUUAUUGGCCAGGCCGGAUCGCCCCAGGAGUGACGCACGAGCUGGCAAGCACCCUGGACAUCCUGCCAACACUGACUGCCCUGGCUGGAGCAGCCCUUCCCAGAGUGGCCCUGGAUGGUUAUGACAUGAGCCCAGUGCUGUUUGGGACAGGGAAGAGUCCCCGACAGACCAUGUUCUUCUACCCUCCGGCCCCCGACCCCCUGCACGGCCCCUUCGCCGUCCGCCUCGGGAAGUACAAGGCUCAUUACUUCACCCAAGGUUCCUUUCACAGCGGCACGACCCCAGACCAGGCCUGCCACGGGCUGACCCCGCUGACCCCCCACCUGCCCCCGCUGCUCUUCGACCUGGAGUCGGACCCCGCCGAGAACUACGACCUGCUGCAGGGCGGGGCAGGGCCCGAGGUGCUGCAGGUCCUCAGGGAGAUCACCCUGCAGAAAGUCCUCCUGGAGCAGCGCAUGGAGUUCGGGGAGAGCCAGAUCAGGAAGGGCCGGGAUCCUGCCCUGCAGCCCUGCUGUGCACCCAACUGCACCCCCAAACCCUCCUGCUGCCGCUGCUCCCAGCCCGGGGCUGCCCCACACUGACACCCCAAACCCACCAGACCCCCCAGCCCAACUAACCAAGCUCAGCCUUAGAGCUGCCCCACGGCCCCAGCUCGGGCACCCCUUGGACUAAUGGGGUGCUGGGGCAGCAAAUGGGGGUCGGGGAGACCCCC